AUGAGGAUGGAGAUGAAAAUUUCUCCGUGGCGAGGAACGGGGAACAAAUUUGGGGGCGGGGCGGAGAGUAGUGUGAUUUCUGAGUCUCAGACUGCGUUCGUGAAAGAUAGGCAGAUUCUUGAUGGGAUUCUCAUCGCGAAUGAGGUGGUGGACGAAGCUC